AUGCAAAAACCUUGGAUUCUGUUCGUGCAACAGCCCGAGUACAACCUGCCAGAAUACGACUCUCUCACCCAAGAGUUUAACACUGUCGAGUAUAUAUUGAAGAGAGACACCGAUGGAAGCGGAAAAGAGGCAUUCCUUGAGUUUAUCUCCCAACAUACCAAAGAAAAGGGUCCUAUAGUAGGAAUUUUCGGCGGAUACCCUCAGUUCGCUCCGCUGGGAGGCUUAAACGCCAGCAUUUUGAACGACCCAAGAUGGCCCAACACAAUUAAGUGCAUAUGCUUGUGCUCUGUUGGCUACAAUGGGAUUGACCUAGACCUGCUUCAGGAGAAAGGGAUCCACUUGUACAAUUACGACGACACAAUCCAGGACGCCGGUAUCGUGGCCAAUGACGUGGCUGAUUGUGUUCUAUGGCACGUCUUGGAAGGGUUUAGGAAGUUCUCGAGCCAGAUGCAUGCAUUGCGCUCUGCAGGUGAUACGAUAAAGGCGCGUUCUCAAAUAGUGCAAGAAGAAGGCGGGGCUGCAGCUGCCCCAAGGUUCGAGUUUGGCCAGCGCUGGAAGCGCGGCAAAUCAAUCGAGAGUUGCCGCGGAAAACGCUGUUUGAUCAUGGGACUCGGCCGGAUUGGCGUGCAGUGCGGAAAAAAACUAGAAGCCGGUUUGGGGAUGGAAAUCCACUAUACACAAAGAAACCCAGUUUCGGCGGCUAAACUGGGCAUUAGUAACAACGACGAUGACAACACUGCUUUCCAGAAGUGGCAAUUCCACCCGAUCGAUAAGCUCGUCGGCGGCAAAAUUGGUCUAUUCGACUGUAUAGUGAUCUGCUUGCCUGGAACCCCUGCCACAAAGCACUUGAUCGACGCCGAGUUCCUUGCACAAUGCAAAUCGGACGUUGUCAUUUGCAACGUGGGUAGAGGCUUCAUCAUUGACGAAAAGGCUGUACAUGAGGUUAUGAAGAAUGACCCGCUGAAGAUCCGCCAUAUCGCCAUGGACGUGUUUCACGACGAACCUCUGGUGGAACAAUCGCUUUGCGAAGACUACCACUUCGCAACCAUCACUCCUCACAUCGCCAGUAGCACCCGAGCUGUGUGGGAAUCCAGUAACAGAUUGGCCCUCCAAGUUCUAAGUCACGUGUGUGCUUCCACUGAUACCAGACCCGGUUCUAGCUCCGGAAGUUGUCCCCCUGUGGAACCCAACCCGUCCUCGGAGUUUACAGACUCGUCGUAUCCCGGGAACUCUGGCGACAAACUUCACAGACUUCCCCGGGUCAUCUAG